UUGAGUGGCGCGCUCUGUGCCUCUUGCUGUCCCUGGCCUGGUUGCUUUUGGCAUGGAGGAAAUUUAUGCUAAGUUUGUGUCACAGAAAAUCAGCAAGACCCGCUGGCGACCGGUACCUCCGGGGAGCCUGCAGACCGUGGAGACUUUCGCCACGGGCUCUUGGGACAAUGAGGAAAAUUAUGUUUCACUGUGGUCUAUUGGAGAUUUUGGGAACUUGGACUCUGAUGGAGGAUUUGAAGGAGACCAUCAGUUAUUGUGUGAUAUCAGACACCAUGGUGAUGUAAUGGAUUUACAAUUUUUUGACCAGGAAAGAAUUGUAGCUGCUUCAUCAACAGGAUGUGUAACAGUUUUCCUUCACCAUCCGAAUAACCAGACUCUGUCAGUCAGCCAGCAGUGGACAACAGCUCAUUACCACACGGGUCCAGGCAGUCCUUCCUGUAGCAGUGCACCAUGCACAGGUGUUGUGUGCAGCAACCCAGAAAUUGUCACAGUUGGAGAAGAUGGUCGAAUAAAUCUCUUCAGAGCUGAUCACAAGGAAGCUAUAAGAACUAUAGACAAUGCAGAUAGCAGUACACUCCAUGCUGUAACCUUCCUUCGAACUCCUGAGAUUCUUACAGUAAAUUCAAUUGGACAGUUAAAAAUAUGGGAUUUUAGACAACAAGGAAAUGAGCCCUCUCAGAUAUUAUCACUGACUGGUGACCGAGUGCCACUCCACUGUGUUGAUAGACAUCCCAACCAGCAGCAUGUUGUAGCUACCGGUGGUCAGGAUGGAAUGUUAAGUAUUUGGGAUGUUAGACAAGGUACAAUGCCCGUGUCUCUACUGAAGGCUCAUGAAGCUGAAAUGUGGGAAGUUCACUUUCACCCAUCCAACCCAGAUCAUCUAUUUACUUGUUCUGAAGAUGGAUCUCUCUGGCAUUGGGAUGCCUCCACAGAUGUACCUGAGAAAUCAUCACUCUUUCACCAAGGAGGAAGAAAUAGUACUUUUUUGUCUCAUAGCAUUAGUAACCAAGCUAAUGUUCAUCAAUCUCUUAUAAGCUCCUGGCUCAUCACUGACCCUGCCAAAGACCGUAUUGAAAUCACAAGCUUGCUUCCCAACAGGACUUUGUCUGUGAACAGUUUGGAUGUUUUAGGUCCUUGUCUUGUUUGUGGAACCGAUGCAGAAGCAAUUUAUGUUACUAGACAACUUUUUUCAUGAAGAUACUAAAAGAGUUCAUGUAAAACAUACAGUUAUAGCCUUUCAAAUUCCAGCUUCUCUAUGCAAAUUUUUAUUAUUGGAAAUUUGCAGGGGAAGCAUCCAUAAACUAUUGUUAAUUUUGAUGCCCAGUUUCAGCCUUUGUUAGUUGAAUAUUCUUCUAAUAGUUAGUAGCUAGAGUCUGAUUAAUGACUGAUGGCAAAAGAACUGGACCAUGUGGAAGAACAUCAGAGGGAUCCUUGUGCUGAUAAAUGCACUGCCUUCAGCACAAUUCUGGACAGCUCAUGGAACCAACUCUUCAUUGUUGAUGUUGCAGGCCUCAAAAAUGUCAAACCACCAAUGGGUUCCUAUCCUUUUUAUCAACGGUGUGUGGGGUAUACCCCUCCCUGGUGGCCUUAGCUAGUAUUUAUUCUUUUUUACCACAAGUAUUUUCUUCAGUUCUUCCACAUUUUAUUUACUUAAUAAUUUUUGUAAACUUUUUUCAGAAAGAAUUGAGAACAAAAAUGGCAAAAUUUUUGUAGUGUUCAAAUUUUUUUAAAGGUAAAAAUGUUUUGACAGUUUCCUUUACUGGAAUGGGUUUGAACAGAACUCCGUCAGCUCCUUAGACCCAACUUUAUUUCUCUUGAAAAGAAAAAAAGACAAGUACAUUUUUCCUAAGGAUUUUUGCUUUUAUUUAGUUUUACAACGUAGUUGAAAAUUGCUGACUUGGACACUGUGCAGUAAGAUAGGAUUUGACAUUGAUAAAUGAGCUGACUUACAAACGAAUUUGAUAGGUAACAUGCAGAGACUAAUAUGAUGAUGUGGUAGGAGUACAGAGUUUUGCCAUCUUUAUCUUUAAUGUUAAUGAUGACCUAACAUGCAGUGUUUUAAGACAAUUUUAUGAUAUUGUCUUUCUAAAGUUUGUUAGAUUAAAUGCAUUAUUGAACUGUUAAGACCUUAAUGACAAAUCACUCCUAUUACACAAUUGAAGUGUAUGUUUAUUUACUUUACAAUUCCAACAAUAAUUACUAUGAAGUUUUGUCUUUCCGUCCCAAUAAAUAUUUGCAGUUUUUUUAUGCCACCUUACCUCAGGGUUUUUUGGAUUUUGUUUUUUGUUAACAUUUUAAAAUGGAAUACAUAUAUGCAUCUGCUGUUUUAUAUAUAUUUGGCUCAAAAAUAUUUGACUGAAUGGACUUGCCUCGCGGUCCAGUGGUUAAUGCAGGGGGCACAGGUUCGAUCCCUGGUCGGGGAACUAAGAUCCCACAUGCUGCACAGCACAGCCUAAAAAAAAAAAUCGACUGAAGAUAAUUAGUAACUUUGAAUUCCAAAGAAUCAGAGAAGGAAAGAAAACGUUGCUGAUAGGAAUUCUUAAUCUGUUUAUAGUUUUAUUGCUGGGGCUAAUUUUUAAAACUUUCUGUUAUUACAAAAGUCAUUCAUUGUAGAAAAGACAGUCAAAAGAAAAUUGUAAGUACUUAAUCUCAAAGAGAGACAAUUCUUUUCAUACUGUCUUCUAUCCAUCAAUGUAUAUAGUUUUUCUGUAAAAAAAAAAAGAAAUAUACAUGUUAUAUUUGUAGAUGCACAUUCUCUAGCAGUCAACACGUGAAUUCAAUAAUAAAAAUAUAGCUAAGAAUUCUCCUCUGACUUUAUAUUUCCCUUUGUAUGAAUGUCUUGCUGCAGCCUAAGCUACAGUGUCCCUCUCUUCAUCCGGUACAGGCAUCCUCCCAUUCUACUCGGCAGGCUAACAUCUUUGCUUUGAAUGGCCCAGAGUUGAUCUCAUCACUGGAAGACCCUAGCUCCCAGGUGGCACAUUUUCCGUGUACAGUGAAUGGCAAACUUGUUGUGCCUCUGCUUCGAUCCGUAUUAUCUGCUGCUGAAAAGUUUGAAGGUUACAUGUACGUUGUUAGCACCCUUCUCAGUUUCCAGCAGCAAUGUAUACAAUUUCCCUUGAUCACUACAGUAAGUAAUUGGUAGAGGGGGGGAACCAGACAUACAGGCUUAGCAUACUAGCUUGGAAUGGAAACAAGUUUGAAGUUUGAAGCUUUGAUUUGAUUUAAGGGUAUUUGUAACCAUAAGUAGAAGGAAGUACAUUUGAAUAGUGUUACAUUUUCUAUCAAUUGAAGAGUUCUGCCAGGCUUAAUAAGAAACAUAAGAAACUUCUCUAUCCUUAUUGAUAAAUAAAACCCUAAUUUAUGAAUUUGUUAAUUCUCACUGCUUUUAUUCAUGAAACUAUCAAAUAAAAUUUCUUUUGAGGGCUGUAGGAUCUCAGAGGUGAAAGAUAUCUUGGAGGGCAUCUCCAUACUAAAUUUAAUCAACACUUCCACAGCACCCCCAACGAAUUAUCAUCCAACCUCUACUUGAAAAUAUACCAUGAUAAAGUUUCCCAUUUCCCAAUGUAGCCUCCUUGUUUGGAUAGCUGUAAUUGAUAUUGCAUUAUAGCAGGGUUUUAGUGUGUGAGUGGGAUCCAAAACAAUCGUAUAAAAAAAGAAUCAUUAUUCUGGGUUAAUGAAAUGAUCAUGUGAACCUAUGAGAUGGAACCAAACACCAUUUUAUCGAAUUUGCAUUCUGUUGGGGCACUUUACUAUAAGGUUCAACUAAAUAAAUGAAUUUUCACAUACUGAACUGAAAUUUGCUUCCAUUUGUCUUCUUUUCUCAGGAGCCACAAAAAACAAAUUUAAUUCUUUUCAUCAUAUAUUCAAAUGUUCAGAACUACGUAUUGUAGCUUCUUUGGGGUAAAC